AUGCGACAUAAUUGUCUAACUGUAAUUAGCGUUCAAGUGAACAUUCCUACCACUGCCGGUGACAUUGGUGUUCUUGCUGGUCACGUUCCCAUCAUUCAACAACUCCGUCCCGGUGUUGUUGAGGUUAUUGAAGGUUCCGGUGCUAGUAAGCAAUUCUUCGUUGCUGGUGGGUUUGCUACUGUCAGCGAAGGUUCUAGCUUGGCUAUCAAUGCUGUCGAGGCCUUUCCCAUUGAAGAUUUCUCUGCUGAGGUAAGUGUGAUUAAUAUUGGUGAACGUAUGGAUGAGUUUGGGAUGAAUUUGGGUUAG